AGCCCAGUUAGCCACGUUCUCCCGUGGUAAUGUUUUACCGACAACUACAUUCACUAUCGUAGUUCAUGCACCACCGCUACGAAAUUCGGCGGUUGAAGCCGCUUCAUAAGCGUCAACACUUUUCCCUAUAAUCUCUGGUCAAACUAUUGAAAAAUAUUAUUUUGUAUCUGUCAGCCAACCUCCUGUUGUAUUCUCAACUAUUUUUAUAAAAAUAAAUGAGAUACUAACGAAAAAGUUCAAGCUCAGUACAAACGUGUAAAGGCGCGGUACAAACGAUAGAAUUAAUUCGUUUUGCAAACAACAAUCACUUGUCGGCUAUCUACCUUCGAAUUGACAUUAGAUUUGCGAAAGUUCUAACCUGAAAAUUCGACAUCCAUUGUUUCUUGGGCGUGCGACAUUCUUGUUGCUUCAUUUGCCGGAUCAACAUUGUUUCUAUCAUUGACAGAAAAGGAAAACUACUCACACUGGAUGAGCUUGAUUUUCAACGAUUAAUGGCUAAUUGAACUAAGAUUGUCAUGGCGAAUGGAUAUCCAAGUGCUCCACGUCUGUCUGUGCGAGACAGUUAUGACGACGAAGAACUGACAGAUAUCGAUGACGAGGUUUUCAUCAGGGAUGGGAAAAGAGAUGGAAUUCUCAAGAUCAAUGACGAAAGUGGAGUGAAAAGGCCCCUGAUGGCCCCGCGAAGGAAGCAAAAAUUGGGCCAUCUCCAGACUCCCCCUUUAACAUUCAAAACCUUGCUCAUCCCGCUGUGCUACGGACUGAUGGCACUGGUGGUUCUACUCGGACUGAUGUUGCUCUGUGUCCUGACCAUCAAUAUCUUUCCGGUACCAUUCGGCAUGCUGAAGAAUCUUUUCUCUGGAGGAGUAACCCUGGAGGUCACCAUAACUAAAGUCAGCAGAGAGAAUGAACCUCUCCCGUGCACAUCCCUGGCCACUAGUGUUGUUUGGAUGAGGACGAUGCCAAAAUUAACAUCAGAGGCCCCACUGAGGAGCCUGGAUGUAAAUGGCGAUGGCAUUGAAGACAUAAUUCUGGGGUUCAGCACAGGGCUGGAUGCAUUAGAUGCCCCAGAAUUCCUUUGUAACCUAUACUUUGAGGGUCAAAUUCCAUGCCUAGGUGGAGUCAUGGCUCUGGAUGGAAAAUCCGGAGAAACUCUCUGGACUCACUGGGCAAAUCACGCAAUUUUGUCCAUUGACUGCACCUCUGACUUCACAAAGGAUGAAAUGAAAGACUGCAUUAUCACAGGACGAGGAGGAAUCCUCCAGGCAAUCGAUGGUAACAAUGGAAAGACUCUCUGGCAGUUGCCAGCUCAGCAGUACUCCAUCGCAGACGAGAAAAUUAUUCUCAAUGUCUACGAUGCGAGAAGUAUGACUGAUGUCAAUGCAGAUGGAAUCAGCGAUGUCAUUGUGUCGCACACAACACAAGCUGGUAGAUUACGAUCAAGCAGAGUGAUUCUGCUCUCUGGCAAAAAUGGAACGGUCAUAAAGAGUAUCGAUUUCUCGAAGAGGGAACAAUUGUUCAUUGCUCCCCAGGUCCUGGUCCAUCCAGAUGGCGAGAUUAUUUAUAUCUUGUCUUCAUGCACACCAGAUCAAUCGGGAGGGGUUUAUAUCAUCACACAACAUGAUUUGUUGCAUGGAAAUUUGAAACGAAAAAGACAAUUACAGCAGGGUCAAGGCAAAGGAGUCCUCCUUCCUCCAAUCCUAGUGGACUUAACCCUCGAUGGAACUGAAGACAUCAUCACAGUAGCUCUAGACUCAACCAUAACAGCCUACAACGGUCUGAACUUUCAACCUAUUUGGAACUACACAGUCGACCAGUCUGAAGUGAUAAGUAUCCCAAUACCUGGUUAUUACGACGAUGACAAUAUUCCUGACAUAAUGGUGAAGCACCAGAUAGGCCCCGGAUUUCCCGUCUACUAUUAUUCCCUAACGACGAUUCUAAGUGGAAAAACGGGUCAGCCUUUCUUGGAGACUCCCAUCAAGGACAACGCCAACGGUCAGAUGUCAGGUUUAUCAAUUUCAGUCGAUGGCCUUGGAAACGACUGGUUCCUACACUGGUCGGCCAACUGUAUGGACCAGAAUGUUAACGAGAACAUAAACGAGAAGUACAGAUUUUUGAAUGGACAAACACUUCUGUCUCAAAGCAGAGCUGAUCUGUGUAAAUUAAGAUUUAAUACGAGUUUGAGUAUGAGACUAUCAGCGAUGAGUCAGCACGUAGGUCCACCUGGCCAGAGCAUUUACUUCUCCGACGAUUGGAAAGCAGUGGAAUUGAAUAACUCCAUUGAUCCCAGGAAGGAAACCGAGAAAUAUCUUUUCUCCAGAGAUAAGAAUAUCCCAGGACAAGACGAAGCCCCUUUACUAUCUCAGAGAUCUCCGAGAGUAAAAAUUGGGGAAGUGAAAACUGACAUUUUCAAGAACCAAGGGAAUCAGGGACAAGACGAUCAGAGUGAGUACGUGCUAAAGCCAGAUGAGGGAAAGGAUUCUGAAAAUUCCCUUCUGUUCAACGAACUUCCAGGGUAUAAGAAAGAGUUAACCAAUUUCGCCAAUCAGGAGUGGAAUUCCAACUUUUGGAAUGUUGCCAUGGAUCCAGAUUCUCCCGCAGAUGAGAUGAGAUCUAGCGAUGAAAAUAAAGAGUUCAGUUACUUGGGACAGAGAUCGAAGAGAUGGUUAAUUCCGAUUAAACCGAAGAUUCAUUUAAUGGACAUAAAUAGAAGAAUUGAACGGAGGCGUUCGAACAGACGGCCAAAGCGAAGUAAAUCGGCGGAGGAGAAUGGAGAGAAGAAUGUGCAGAGGCAGCCACCAACCGGAAUUUUGUUGCCUUCGUUCGCGAAAGACGAUAAGACGACUUCAGUUGAUCUGAUCUUCUCGACUUACUGGCUUCCUCCCUCUGAAGUCUCCCUCGUUUUACUUCAACAGGAUCUUGAGUGCAUAAGAUUGAGGGAAGAGAAGAUCAUGGAGAAGGUGGAGCUGGACGAGAGGGAGAAUAUCAUUGCUGGCUGUCUGGCUGAGCGAGGGGUCAACUACAAAUUAUACAGAGAAGGUUUGGACAGAGAGAACUCAAGACUCGCCCUGGGGCAGAUGACGAUUUAUAGGAUGAAGCUACAAUGCAUGUGCCCUGAUGAUAUGUUGGAGGGACAAUCCUGCAAAAAUAUUUCCAUGCAUCAGAGCUGGCCAGAACACUUGGGUGUUUCUGGGAAUGGAUACUUUAGUUAAACUGUUCAUC